AUUGUAAGAAGUCCAAAUAAUAACGUACUUCUCAUAGCCGUUCCCUUUUUCUUUUCAACUCCUCCGCACGCCGCCGCGCCCCCCUCCCCCCCAAGCAACUUCCUUCACCAGUCUCCCUUGGCAACGCAAUCAAAAGUUUCAUUAUGGCCUAUCAAUGAUGUGGUCCUUCUUCGUACUCUAUUGGGUUUAUAGAAUUGUUUGAGCGACAAACUGAAUUAUGCAAUUUGACAAAGUAUAUGGCUAUUUGAGGUCAUCAAAUGAAUGUUUGAGCCCCAAAAUAAACAUAUUAAGUUUUGAUGUGGAAAGGGCUGUUGAAGUUGAUGGCCACGAAGCUGACUUACAGUACUGCAUAUCACCCCCAAUCGGAUGGACAAUCGGAGAGGUUGAACUAGAGUCUGGAAGGGUAUCUGAGGUGUUUUGUUUUUCAGAAGCCUCAUUCGUGGGGGAAUGGUUAUCAUUGGUGGAAUGGUGGUGCAAUACUAGCCAUCAUAGUGCAACUAAAAUAUUCCCUUUCUAGGCAUUAUAUGGGUACUCACCUCCCUCCUUGAUGUUUGCACAUGAACAAGAUUGUCCAGUACCUGCGGUUUCUGAAUUUUCAAACCGAGCAACAUGUGUCUCAGAGAGAACCUACAUGCAAGCCGGAAUAGAAUGAAGCAAUAUGCUUACAGGAAGCGGACCGACAGAAAAUUGGAAGUGGGGGAUAUGAUGUAUUUGAAAUUGCAACCUUAUCAUCAGUCCUCUCUCGAUAUUAGAAAGCAAAUCAAGCUUGCUGCCAAGUUUUAUGGGCCGUAUCAGGUAGAAGCUCAGGUUGGAGAGGUUGCAUAUAGGCUUCAACUUCCUCCAGAAGCUCAAAUUUACCCUGUGUUUCAUGUUUAUUUUUACCUAAAAAGAAAGUGGGAGACUAUACUGUUGUGCAAUCCCAGUUACCUCUCUACGAAGCUGAAGAAUUUGUUAUUGCUCCCGAGAAGGUUCUCAAGACAAGAGUUAUCAGCCGAGAUGGGUAGCGGAUAUUGCAAGGACUAAUCAAAUGGGUUAAUGUGGCUGAUGUCGAUGCAACUUGGGAAGACCAGUCCUUUAUUCUCUCUCAGUUUCUGGAAUUUCAGUCUUCUUGGGGACAAGAAGAAACUCUUGGGGGGGUAUUGUAACAUCCUACAGGAAACCGAAGAAGAAUAAGAAGAGCCAGCUGUAAACUGGAGGAAAAAUCAGUAAUGGGAGGGAAUAACAGAAUUAACAAUUGGAGAGAAAGUUGUUAGCUGUUUGGCAGUUAUAAAAGGGAAGACGCACAUUGGUUUAGUCAUUCAAGAAUAAUCAAUAAAAUCUUUCCCUCCUCUCUCACUCGCUCUCUCUAUUCUCUCAUCUCCAUUCUCGUUCUCUUCUCAUCUCAAUUCUAUUUCUUGGAUUUGAUGAUUCAGAUCUGAUCUACUGACACUGUAUCAUUCAUGCUACAAUAAUUUAUGCGUAAGAUCAGUGUUGUGAGAUGAUCUUCUUGUCUAAAUCAUGUCUCAUUUACUGUCUACUGUAAGUUGAAGUAGAGGUUUGCAUAUUAUUUUUUGCUGCCUAUUGCUAUUUCUGGUUUUCAUAAUGUUGGUUAUUCUUUUUGCAUAGCAUGUGAUGUAUGAGGAGACUCGGAGUGGAUAUGCUUUCAACUCUCCUCAGUUUUCAUCUUACUGACAUUAGUUUCUUUUGCCUAAUAUUUGCAUUCAUUUGAAAACAUUGUACAUAAUUUGACUUUCCAUCCGUUAGGACAUAUUAUACUUUUUCAACUAUGGGAGCCAAUUUGCUAUGGUCUUGCAAAGAAAGCCAGAAACUUGCUGUGUUGGACUGUGGAGUAUUUUUAUUAUCAUUACAGCAUGUUUUUCUUAUUUUUUGUAUUUGGAUGCCCAUUGGAAGACUUCCCAGUUUAUCGCCCAUUACUUCUCAUGCUCAUCUUUCCACCCUUUUCUUUGCAGUUCAGAGAUCGAAGAUUUUAUUAGCUUUACAAGCUUUAAUUAUAUGCUGAUUCUGUUACUUUAAUUGCCAAGGAAGGUGCCUUCUCUUCAACAACAAUAAAUCUGGCCUAAACCUUUUCUCAUAAACUCAACUAUCUGGCAAAUUCAUAGAAUUCUGCGAUGUCCUCUUCAGAUCCUGAAACUCCAGAGGGAUUAGAUCGAUCAAAGACGCCCACUAAAGAAAAUGGAGAUGAAGAUCAGGGAAAAGAGAGUGAAGAAGAGGAGGAAGAGGUGGGAGAAUGUGGAUUUUGUUUGUUCAUGAAAGGGGGCGGGUGCAAGGACGCCUUUGUAGCAUGGGAGAAUUGCAUUGAAGAGGCAGAGAAGAAAAAUGAGGAUAUAGUGGAGAAGUGCUUUGAGGUGACUGGAGCACUGAAGAAGUGUAUGGAGGCUCAUGCUGAUUAUUAUGAGCCGAUUUUGCAGGCUGAGAAGGAUGAACAGGAAGCAGCCAGGAAAAGCUCAGAAGAAGAAAAGGCAAACAAAUCUGAGUCAAAUAUGGCUGGGAAGGCAAUGGAGCAGAGUGUAGGUCCUAAGGAUUCAGAGAAGGGCUCCUAAUGGCAAAUGAGAUGAUUUUGUGAUACUUGAUUUUUGAUUUUUGAAGAGGAUAUUAUUGUUUCCUUGUUUAUUUAAUUUCCAUUGAAGCUGUGGGCUAAAGCUCCUAGCAAAAAGGCUGUUUACAAAGCUCAAAUACAAAACACAUAGGCACAUGCAAUUUUUAUUUUAUUUUCAAUAUGUUUGAACUUCUGAUACUUUCAAAGGGAAAUAAAUUUAUUAUUUUUUUGCUA